AAAGAAAAGAGGAACCUUUUCUCUUUGCUUUCUUCUCUUCUAAGCAGAAGAUUAAUCAAAGAGCUUAGUUGCCACAUUCUUAGGUGGGGUUUGUGAAGUUGUGAGCAAAAGGAACCAAAGAUGUCAUCUGAGAGUUCUUUGAGUGCUGACAUGUCGAAGAAGGUCUCCUUUUUAGGUUUGAAGGGUAUGAAACUGUGGGUAUUGAUUUGUUUAGUAGUUGGCACAUUUGUAGUUUUGGUUCUCUGCAUAUUAUCUCUAUGGAUUGUAUUCCGCCGAAAAUCCCGGAGAUCAUCUCACAAGCUGUUACCCUUCAGUCAAAUACCACGGGUGGCGAAAGAUAUCAGGGUUGAUGAUAGAGUUGAGUUUCAAAAUCGUAAUGAAAAUUUAUGUAUCACCAAUGCUGAUAAAUCUAGUGACAGAAACUCGGGAAAGAUGAUGUCUUUCUUGGGAAGAACGAAGUCUAGUGAUAAUGAUAGUAUAAGUCAAUGUAGCUCUGUGCAUCAUCAUGAGAGAGCUUGUAGUUCUCACUCCGGUGAAGAUGGAAGCUUUGGAACCGCUUGGAGGCAAGCUUCCCUAUCGCAGGGCGCACUUGUAACAGCAUCUCCUUUGGUUGGUUUGCCAGAAAUAUCUCAUCUUGGCUGGGGACACUGGUUUACUCUUAGGGAUCUUCAGCUAGCCACCAACCGUUUUGCUGCAGAAAAUGUAAUCGGUGAGGGUGGUUAUGGAGUAGUUUAUAAGGGUAGACUCAUCAACGGUAACGAUGUUGCUGUAAAGAAGCUUCUUAACAAUCUGGGGCAGGCUGAGAAGGAAUUCCGGGUUGAAGUUGAGGCUAUUGGUCAUGUACGGCACAAGAAUCUUGUAAGGCUUCUAGGAUAUUGCAUAGAGGGUGUUAAUAGGAUGCUUGUUUAUGAGUAUGUGAAUAGUGGUAACUUAGAACAAUGGCUACAUGGAGCCAUGGGGAAACAUAGCACUCUCACUUGGGAGGCUCGCAUGAAGAUCCUUGUCGGUACUGCGCAAGCGCUUGCUUAUUUGCACGAAGCAAUAGAACCAAAAGUAGUCCACAGAGACAUAAAAGCAAGCAAUAUCCUGAUUGAUGAUGACUUCAAUGCAAAGCUUUCUGAUUUUGGGUUAGCCAAGCUCUUAGACUCGGGUGAGAGUCACAUCACGACCAGAGUCAUGGGCACCUUUGGGUAUGUCGCACCCGAAUAUGCUAAUACAGGUCUAUUGAAUGAGAAAAGUGACAUUUAUAGCUUUGGUGUCCUGUUGCUAGAGACUAUAACUGGAAGAGAUCCAGUAGACUAUGAACGUCCAGCUAAUGAGGUGAAUCUGGUUGAAUGGCUAAAGAUGAUGGUUGGAACAAGAAGAGCUGAAGAAGUUGUUGAUUCAAGGAUUGAGCCUCCACCCGCUACACGUGCUCUGAAACGUGCACUUCUUGUUGCCCUGAGAUGUGUGGAUCCUGAAGCACAGAAAAGGCCUAAAAUGAGCCAGGUUGUGCGGAUGCUUGAAUCCGAUGAACACCCUUUCCAUGAGGAGCGGAGGAACAGAAAAAGUAGAACAGCGAGUAUGGAGAUUGUCGAGACCACUGAGGAAUCAGCUGACACGAGCAAACGGCCUGGUGACUCAGAGAACCACACUACAAAACCUGAGAAGACUCUUGUAUAGGAAGGAAAUAUGUCGCAAGACCCAGUGAAAAACUUAGCUAAGUAACUUCACACCCUCAAAUGCUGACGAAAGAGUUUUUCGUGCUUGUGGAGAAACAAAAUAAAUCGGGUAAAAGAAG